AUGCCGGAUUCUUAUUUUCCUUCGUUGUUUGCAGAUUGAGUUUAGUCGACUGUCGGGGGAUCAAUUACCCGGCUUAACCGGCUUCACAUAUAGCGAGCUUCGCAACUCUGUCUCGCGUGAACGACUGCUGUGCAAGUGCAGCCGCCGGCAACGGCACGGGAGGGAGGCGAAGAAAGAUACAAAAAAGAGGAGACUGAGGAAGAGGGGCUAGGGUUUCUCUUCCCUGGAGAAUGGCAGGCGCUGCUUCUUUCUCUAUGCCGAAGGCGAACUUAGGGGGUAUUCUUCCUCAUCCCUUCCAGAAAACGACUUCAUUACUCCAAGUGCAUACACUGUCCCUUGGCUUCAGCAGGCUGGCGGCGAUGGACUCCGCCAGACUUCUUUUUCCCGGCUUGAGCUCGUUUUACCGGCAGCCGUUGAACUGUUCUAGGCUGCGGGCCGUUGUUGAUGACGAUAGCAGCAGCGGCGUCGCUAUUCCUGAUGCUGCUCCUUCUAGGACGAGGAACAAGGUUCAGCGCCAUACCAUAUCCGUGUUUGUUGGUGAUGAAAGUGGCAUGAUAAAUAGGAUUGCAGGUGUGUUUGCGAGAAGGGGAUAUAACAUUGAGUCUCUUGCAGUGGGUUUGAAUAAAGACAAGGCUCUCUUCACCAUAGUUGUGUCUGGCACUGAAAGGGUGUUGCAGCAAGUCAUGGAUCAACUUUGCAAGCUUGUCAAUGUUUUGAAGGUUGAGGACAUCUCAAGGGAUCCUCAGGUGGAGCGAGAGUUGAUGCUUAUAAAACUCAAUGUGGAUGCAACCAAUCGAAUGGAGGUGAUGGGAUUGGUAGACAUCUUCAGAGCUCGGAUAGUUGAUGUUUCAGAAUAUUCACUCACCGUUGAGGUAACUGGAGAUCCUGGAAAGAUAGCUGCCGUAGGGAGAGCACUUCGCAAGUUUGGAAUCAAAGAAAUUGCAAGAACUGGAAAGAUUGCCCUGCGGAGGGAGAAAUUGGGCGCAACUGCUCCAUUUUGGAGGUUCUCUGCAGCAUCUUAUCCUGAUAUUGAAGAUGCAAGGCCAAAACAGCAUAAACCUGCAAAGGACUUUAAAAAAGUGCCUAAUGAUUCUGAUUUAUCAUCAAGAGGUGAUGUUUAUCCUGUAGAACCAUAUGAACAUGACCUUUGGAUGAAUCAAGUUUUGGAUGCUAAUUGGGGUGAUCUUGGUGAUGAAGAUUCAACUGGCUUGAGGUCACACACACUGUCUAUGCUUGUAAAUGAUGUCCCAGGUGUGCUGAACAUAGUCACUGGUGUUUUUGCUCGAAGAGGCUAUAAUAUCCAGAGCCUAGCAGUUGGACCAGCUGAACGAGAAGGAAUCUCACGCAUUACAACUGUUGUACCUGCCACUGAUGAAUCAAUCACCAAGUUGGUACAGCAGCUGUACAAGCUUAUUGAUGUGCAUGAGGUUGCAGAUAUUACUCAUUUGCCAUUUGCUCAACGAGAACUUAUGCUGAUUAAAGUUGCAGUAAAUACAGCAGCUCGAAGGGAUGUGCUAGAUAUUGCUACAAUAUUUCGUGCUAAGGCUGUUGAUGUAUCUGACCAUACAAUCACACUUGAGCUUACUGGUGACUUGGAUAAGAUGGUUGCUUUGCAAAGAUUAUUGGAGCCCUACGGUAUAUGUGAGGUGGCAAGAACAGGCCGUAUUGCACUUGUUCGUGAGUCUGGUGUGGAUUCAGAGUACCUUCGUGGGUUUUCCCUUCCAUUAUAACUUUGAAGAUGGAACAAAAAAUAUCUUUAAUUUUUCAGUCAUGUAGGAUUGCAACCAAGUUUUCUGGUGUGAACUGCACAACCAAAGAAUGCUUGCUUAUCUGAAACUGAACUGGAGAGAGAGAGAGAGAGAGGAAAUAUUCUCUGGUUGCUGCUUUCUGAUACCAGAGGCAUGUUAAGGCACUCUUCCUAGUGCUCAAUGACCUUACCAGUUUGCUGUUUGUGUUUUGUUGAA